AGCUAAUGUGAAUGCAGACGGAGGGAGCAGAUGAGGAUGGAGCAGCAGAGAGACAGAGAAGCCGCUGUCUCGCAUCUCACCUCUCAGAUAUCGCCUCUGCAUCUAAGGACUUUCCUUUAAUUCACACUCAGGCCUUUUCUUUCCCCCUUUAUCCAUCUAUUCCAACGCUGACAUCUGCGCACCAGCGCGUUUCUCCCGUCCGUCUGUCAGCACCGGCUUCGUCUGCGUGUGACAGCGAAGAGAAAGAAAAUCCCGUUUUCAAAACACUCUGAACAUUGCAUUUUUUUCCCCCCCUCGAGGUUUCACACCCUUUAUCGGAGCCGGACUGCCAGGUCGCCGUUUCGGUCGAUAUGGAUGAAGACAAUCAUGUUCCUGAGGAUCUGUCCCUGGAGGAGAGGGAUGAACUAUCAAACAUCCGACGUAGGAAGCGAGAGCUGCUUGAUGAUAUUGAGAGGUUGAAGUUUGAGAUAGCAGAAGUCAUGACAGAGAUCGAGCAGCUGACAUGUGUUGGAGAAAGUAAAACAUCCCAGAGAAACAAACAGAUUGCCAUGGGCAGGAAGAAAUUCAACAUGGAUCCCAAAAAGGGUAUCCAGUUCCUGCUGGAGAACGACCUGCUCCAGCACACCCCCGAAGACAUCGCCCAGUUCCUCUACAAAGGCGAGGGUCUCAACAAGACGGUCAUCGGAGACUACUUAGGCGAGCGGGACGACUUCAACAUCAAGGUGCUUCAGGCCUUUGUGGAGCUGCAUGAGUUUGCAGACUUAAACCUCGUCCAAGCGCUACGGCAGUUCCUGUGGAGUUUCCGUUUGCCGGGUGAAGCCCAGAAGAUUGAUCGUAUGAUGGAGGCGUUUGCCUCGCGGUACUGCCAGUGCAACCCCGGAGUCUUCCAGUCGACAGAUACCUGCUACGUGCUGUCAUUUGCUAUCAUCAUGCUGAACACAAGUCUACAUAACCCUAACGUUAGAGACAAGCCCCCAGUGGAACGCUUCAUCUCCAUGAACAGAGGCAUCAAUGAAGGUGGAGAUCUGCCAGAGGAGCUGCUCAGGAACCUCUACGACAGCAUCAAAAAUGAGCCCUUCAAAAUCCCAGAGGACGAUGGGAAUGAUCUGACACACACGUUCUUCAACCCAGACAGAGAAGGCUGGCUCUUAAAGCUCGGCGGCCGGGUGAAGACGUGGAAGAGGAGGUGGUUUAUUCUGACCGACAACUGCCUCUAUUACUUUGAAUACACAACGGAUAAAGAGCCUCGUGGGAUCAUCCCUCUGGAAAAUCUCAGUAUCAGAGAGGUGGACGAGCCAAGAAAACCCAACUGUUUCGAGCUCUACAACCCCAAUCACAAGGGUCAGGUGAUCAAAGCCUGCAAGACGGAGGCGGACGGGCGGGUCGUCGAGGGCAACCACGUGGUGUACAGGAUAUCGGCCCCCACUCCGGAGGAGAAGGAGGAGUGGAUCAAAUCCAUCAAAGCGAGCAUCAGCAGGGAUCCUUUCUACGACAUGCUGGCCACCAGGAAGAGGAGGAUAGCCAACAAGAAAUGAUGACCACCCACAUUCAGCUACAUCUGUGUCACCAGCAUUUCUGUGACCAGGAGUCCAUGUGUGUGUGUGUGCGUGCGCGUGUGUGUGUGCGCGUGUGUUAGUCUUGGGAGUCAUGAAGGCCUCCCAUUCGUUCUUUCAGGGAUGGAGGACACACAGGAGGUGGGACUGAAACGAUUGCCUGCACCUCCGUUUCGUGGGUGAAGCUUUUUAUUUAAUUUGGCACAGGUGUUAAAUACUGACGCGGAGCAGAAGAGGAAGGAGCCGUUUACUAAGCUGGAUAAUAAUAAUAAUAAUAAUGGAGAACAGCACAGGGACUGUUGGGAGAGAAAGCCAUGACUGUAACCAUGAGAUCAUGACGUGCUCCGUGAGGAGAUCGCCCUCUGCUGGACGUGUAAGGAACUGAAUCCCGUGCACAACUACAACUUCACAGUGAGGAUUUUUUUUUUUAUUCCUGAAACCAUCGCCACAAAGCGGCGCUGCUGGUGGCAGACCAGCUCGCCUGGUCGUCAGCAAGGCCCACCUUCACCUCCUUCGACGACUGCCAACAACAUUCUGUAGCGACACGUGACUACAGGAAGCCUCAAGCUCGCCGGUCAGCUGGUCUGAUUGGUAGCCCUUAAGUGACUGUACAUGUAUAUGCAAACACACUGAUUUAAUGUGGAAACUUCAAUUCCUACGCUUCAUUUACAGCGUGCCCUACUAUGUCCUCAACGAAGGCAAAGAAAUGGAAACAGGCUUGAUGAGAGCAUAUAUUAAGUGUAUUAACACCUUUUACGCGGCCACAGUUUUAAAAAGCUAUAAUGCAUAUAUUAAUUGUCAUCUCAAAGUAUUUUAUGUAUUGAAGAUUCACUUUUGUGAUAAUUUUCUUUUGUAUUUAUUUUUCUUGUUUCACAAAAGAGGCAUCCCCGACUUACAUUAUGCAUGUAUAGUAUAUAAUGUACAUACUGUUUUUUUUUUUUCCUUUUGUGUUAAUGUAGUGUGUAUAGCAUAGCGGCUGAAGCCUAUACCCGUUCACUUCUUCUUUUUUUUAUAUAUUAUAUAUAGUUUGAAAGCUAACAGUUUACAAUAGUGGAAGAGGGACGUUGUGCGGCUCUCUGCGGAGCUGUGAAACCUCCUCACAUUGUGUUAUUACUGAGGAUCAGAUAAUACAUGAAGCUAAAUGACAGAAUAACAAGAGUGGAGGACGAAAAGAAACUGGAAUCUUGUGGACGAGUUUUUCCCAGAUGGAUCAAACCAACCCGAAAAAAAUUGUCCUUACUUAGACGAAGCUUUGAGGUUUAAUCACGGUUUGAUCUUCGCUCGGGAAAGCCGCUCCCCAAUACUUCGAUGUAGAAUUUGAAUAAAAAUACUGAUCGGAAAACA